AUGACUUUUACUAUUCCGAUUGAUAACGGAGAUGCCGUGAAGAACGCAGAGGCUGAUUCACAAAGAACACUGUACCCAUAUGUCACUGGAACCUCAAUAGUUGCAAUCAAGUACAAAGAUGGGGUUUUAAUGGCUUCUGAUAUGGGAGGUUCAUAUGGAUCCACUUUAAGAUACAAGAACAUUGAGAGAGUAAAGGCUAUUGGUAAGCAUUCUCUUCUUGGUGCUAGUGGAGAAAUCAGCGACUUUCAGGAGAUUCUCCGUUAUCUUGAUGAGCUCAUCCUAAAUGAUAACAUGUGGGAUGAUGGUAAUUCCUUGGGACCAAAAGAGGUUCACAACUAUCUGACCCGUGUAAUGUAUAACCGUCGCAACAAAUUUAACCCUCUGUGGAACACUCUUGUACUUGGAGGCAUCAAAAAUGGGGAAAGUUACCUUGGGAUGGUGUCAAUGAUUGGUGUUAGUUUUGAGGACAACCACAUUGCCACCGGAUUUGGAAAUCACCUGGCUAGGCCAAUUCUUCGUGAUGAGUGGCAUGCAGACCUGAGUUUCGAAGAUGGUGUCAAGCUCCUUGAGAAAUGUAUGCGGGUGCUUCUUUACCGUGACAGAUCUGCUAUUAACAAGUUUCAGAAAUACAUUGAAACUGUGCAGAUAGCGAAGAUCACAGAAGAAGGUGUGACGGUCUCUCAGCCAUACUCGUUGAAGACAUUCUGGGAAUUCCAGGCGUUCCACAACCCGACUGCUGGUGCUGAAGGCUCCUGGUAA